AUGUCUGUCUGUAAAUCCCCAGUAGUAAUAAUCUCAGUCAGGGGAAGAGUCAUUCUGAGGUGAUGUCUGUCUGUAAAUCCCCAGUAGUAAUCAUCUCAGUCAGGGGAGGAGUCAUUCUGAGGUGAUGUCUGUCUGUAUAUCUUGGGGGGUUGAGAGCUCUGGUUGUUUGGAUUUGAAAACCCAACAGUUGUUAAACAAGGGGAAGACACUUGGAGGCUCUGAGUGGCUGUUUGAGUGAGAGAGACACAGAGGACAACCAACCAGUAAAGGCACAGUUCCGUUCAUUAUCGACGUUUGGUGCUGACAACAUCAAACAGCUUCCCAGACUCUGACGUCAGGAGGACUGGUAUCAGCCGGACUCUGAAGUCAGGAGGACUGGUAUCAGCCAGACUCUGAAGUCAGGAGGACUGGUAUCAGCCAGACUCUGGUCAGGAGGACUGGUAUCAGCCAGACUCUGAAGUCAGGAGGACUGGUAUCAGCGAGACUCUGAAGUCAGGAGGACUGGUAUCAGCCAGACUCUGAAGUCAGGAGGACUGGUAUCAGCGAGACUCUGAAGUCAGGAGGACUGGUAUCAGCCAGACUAGGGCUAUGACAUGGUCCAUUAUGGUCACUCCAACCAGCUGCGGCAGGCCAAGGCCAUGGGAGAUUACCUCAUCGUUGGAGUACACACAGACGGUGAGAUCUCACAGCACAAGGGUCCCCCGGUCUUCACCCAGGAUGAACGAUACAAGAUGGUGAGAGCCAUCAAGUGGGUGGAUGAGAUAGUGGAGGGAGCGCCAUACGUCACCACGCUGGAGACCCUGGACAAGUACACCAGUGACUUCUGUGUGCACGGAGAUGACAUCACACUAACAGUGGAUGGGAAGGACACAUACGAAGAGGUGAAGAGGUCAGGGAGGUACAGGGAGUGCAAGCGAACCCAGGGAGUUUCUACCACAGACCUGGUCGGUCGCAUGCUACUGAUGACCAAAGCCCACCACAGCAACAUAGGCCAUUCAGACUAUCAACAGCACACAGACAACUUUGGGAAGGUGUUGCAGGGUCCGAAGGGCCACAGUCCGUGGACGGGGGUGUCCCAGUUCCUCCAGACGUCCCAGAAGAUUAUCCAGUUUGCCUCAGGACAGGAGCCUCAGCCUGGGGACACCAUCAUCUAUGUGGCUGGAGCCUUCGACCUCUUCCAUAUUGGCCAUGUGGACUUCUUGGAGGCUGUUUCCAGGCUUUCAGACAAGCCAUAUGUUAUAGUGGGGUUACACUUUGACCAGGAGGUGAAUCGCUACAAAGGGAAGAAUUACCCCAUUAUGAACGUCCAUGAGAGAACACUCAGUGUGCUGGCCUGUCGAUAUGUCUCUGAGGUGGUGAUUGGUGCGCCUUAUGCAGUCACGAGAGAGUUACUAGACCACUUCAAGGUGGACCUUGUGUGUCAUGGGAAGACAGAGGUGCAUCCUGACAAAGACGGGUCUGACCCCUAUGCCGAGCCCAGAAAGAAAGGAAUACUGCACACUGUGGACAGUAUGAACAGCCUCACCACUGAUAGUAUUGUUCAGAGGAUCAUCAAAAACAGGCUGCUGUUCGAGGCCAGGAACCAGAAGAAAGAGGCCAAAGAGAUGGCUGUGAUCCAGGCCAUGAAGAGAAGAGAGGAGGAGAAGGGCAAGGAGAGAGCCCAGGCUGUGCUCUAGGACGACAGGCCCGAAGGAGCACUCCCACCACGAGGAACCAUUGACCACCCUCAGGGUCAAUCUGAGACUGACUAAACCCAAUACAUCUAACCCCCACCACCAAUGCAGCGCAGUCAAUCCACCUCACCUGUGUUCCAUCUCCCAACCAACACCCUCCAGGUCACACUCUCCUUACCAACAGCCAGACAGCGAGCCUUUGUUUUCAACAUGCAGUAUUCUUACAAUGGGAGUUCUGUUGUAGGUUUGACAUGGUAACAUGUUAGGUGAGGCUGUUUUCUUUGUCUUUAUAUCUUAAUACAGGCUGAAUGGAUUUA